GUGUUUUAUGUAAUUGGUUCUUGCAUAAUGGGCUUCAGCGCAUUGCCUUUAUUAGCAAAAUUCAGCGCGGCUCGUGCCGGGCGGCAGCAGCGCAGUCCGCGCCCCGCGGUGCGCUCCGUGCGGGCGCGGCUCUGGGCGGCGUUAGGAGGGUGCUGCGGGAGCACCGAGCGGCUGGUUAGCGGCUGGUCUGAGCAGGGGAAGUCCGGGUUUGUGUAGCAGGCCGUGUUUCUGUGAGCUUUAUCAGUCAAGAAUACAAAAAUCAUCACUGUUUCUGACCCUGCUGGCUCAGAAGGUUGGGACGGGAGAGAAGAAAUUGAGUGGCUAAUGGCUCGGGAAAGGUUGGCCACAAGGAAGGCUUGUCUGGUGCUGCUGCUGUGCUUUGGUUUGCUCUUGUUGGACUGGGCAGCAUCAGCUGUCUUCCCCAUAACUUUGUUUAGGUUGUACUCUGUGCGGCAGAACAGAAGGUGCUGUCAGGAGAUGUCGUUGUCCCAGGAGGCUGCGGGCGCACGCUGAGCAAUGAACUGGCACUGCCUUUGCCAUUUGCCAUCUGCUCUCCGGAUGGCAGCAGUAGAACUGUGAGCCUGAGCCUGUCCUCCUGGGACCCCCAGGGUGACGGUGGUGGGAGCUCGCCUGCUCUUCAGCUCUGUUGGCCAUGGUGGUAUACUUUGCUUUUGUUUUCCAGAUGGGAUUUCAGUAAAGUCCUUGGGUUGUAUCAGUCGGCUUUUUGUUUAGAAUAGUUCAAGUUUGCUUUUAGUUUCUGCUGGUUUCUGGGAACAAUUCGUUUUGCAGCUGUCUGGACUGACUUUUUGCUACUUCUCAUCGGGUGCCCUGCUAACAGAACAGUACUGUGGUAGUACAGUAGUAUGUAGCACCUCUGGGCUAAGCCCUGGAGCACCUAAUGCCAGCAGCAUCCUCAAGUGGUUCAGAGCUCCUAGAAAACUAUAAUUGGUUGUCAGUGUGAUCUUCUGGGAGUAAUUGUAUUUGCAGUGCUACAACACAGUUAGCUUUUCAAAUCCUUGGGGCAAAUCUCUGUCGUGCAGUAAGCAUCUAGUGGUGCUUAGCAGCAACUUGUGCUUCCCCUAGCUAGAACACCUGAUGUAUAGGAGGAAGCGAUAUGAUGGACCUCUUCCCUGGAAACUGAAGAACCUCAGACUAUAGGGAUAUCCUGUCUGACUGAAAAGAGUCGCUCCUACUAGUGAAGUGAUUUAUGAUGUCAAGAACUGUAUCAUCCUGGAUCUUAGGCUCAGCAAGGAACAGCUUUGUUUUACAAAGAAGAGGAUGUUUGUAUUCCAUAUGUGUCCCAAACAGACACAAAAUAAAACAGAAGCUUGUUUUUUCCAAAACACUUCUCUGCCCUGCUGGGACCUGCAGCUUGGACAAUACUUUCUCCUUAAGAAAAGCGUUCAGACACACCUCCACUGAAGAGGAAGAGUUCUCUUUCCAGUUGUCUCCUUCACAAAUCAAUGAUAUACUUAGAGCAGGUGAAUUCUCCCAUAAAAUACUGGAUUCCAGUUGUAAAAGUGCUAAUUCCGUGUUGAAGUUUGAAAGUAACCAACUGGCAUCCAAUACUCCUAUUGAAGACCGCAGGUGUGCAGCCACUUGCUUGCAGACCAGGGGGAUGAUGUUUGGUGUCUUUGACGGCCACGCUGGUUCUGCUUGCGCUCAGGCAGUAAGUGAGAGACUACUUCAGUAUAUAGCGGUUUCUCUCAUGUCUCGGCAGACUUUGGAAGAGAUGGAGCUUGCUGUGGAGUGUAUGAAACCAGUUAUUCCUAUUCUGCAGUUGCACAAGCAUCCCAAUGAUAUCGAGUAUCGAGAAAUGUCUUCACAGUAUUUUGAGAGCCUCCGAGUUUACUGGCAGCAUUUACUGGACCUAGACAUUGAGCCAGGAUUUAGUUUGGAAGAAGCCAUGAUAAGUGCAUUCAAAAGGUUAGACUCGGACAUAUCACUGGAAGUUCAGGCUCCCCAGGAAAAUGAAUUGGCGAGAAACACUGCCCUUCAGGUAGCUUUUUCUGGUGCAACGGCAUGUGUAGCUCACAUUGAUGGUGUUCACUUGCAUGUUGCAAAUGCCGGUGAUUGCAGAGCGAUUCUAGGGGUUCAUGAGGAAGAUGGAACUUGGUCUACUCUCCCUCUAACCCGAGACCACAAUGCCUAUGAUGAAUCUGAAAUUAGAAGACUAAAGAGAGAACAUCCUAGAUCUGAGGAGAAAACACUGUUUGUGAAUGACAGAUUACUGGGGAUUCUCAUGCCCUCCAGAGCUUUUGGAGAUGUGCAAUUAAAAUGGAGUAAAGAAUUGCAACACAGUGUUCUUGAGAAUAGCUGUGAUGUUGAGGCUUUAAAUAUUUAUCAGUAUGUUCCUCCAAACUGCCAUACACCCCCUUAUUUAACAGCGGAGCCUGAGGUCACAUACCACAAACUAAGAGGCAAGGAUAAGUUUCUUGUUAUUGCUUCAGAUGGAUUAUGGGAGAUGCUCAGUAACGAAAAGGUUGUAAAACUAGUUGCUGGACACCUUACAGAGCUUAACGUGCAGAAACCACAACUGGCUUUUGAGAAACCAGUUAAUUUGGGUUAUAUGCACAACCUGUUACUUCGGAGGAAAAACAGGGGCAUUACCUCACUAGACCAGAACAUAGCAACUCAUUUAAUACGGCAUGCAAUUGGGAAUAAUGAAUAUGGGGAAGUGGACCAAGAGAAACUUGCUGCAAUGCUGACUCUGCCUGAAGACCUUGCAAGAAUGUACAGAGAUGAUAUCACAAUUACUGUAGUGUAUUUUAAUUCAGAAGCAAUUGAAAAUUACUACAGAAGCAACGAAUAGGGACUUGCAUUGCUGCUAUUCUGUACUGCUAGCCAACUUUGAUAUUGAAACCGUUACUGUUUUUCUUUGAUAGUCAAACUGUUACCAGUGUUACAAACCUUUUUGUUACUUACUAGCUUUGGGGAGGGGAAAAAAAAAAAAAAAACUUCUGCAGGUGAAUUUUUUGACAGUUCCCUGGAUUUCUGGGUCUGUACGCUCUGAAGAGAAAUGUUUUGAUGAAAGCUGACUGCAAUGCAGCUGAACUAAAGAUUGCUGACUCAGUUCUGAUUCCAUGGGAACUACUGGUAAAAUUUUACAAAUGAACAAAGGAGAUAAAUUUGAAUUAGGCUGGUAAAAAUUUAAUAGGCAGAUGGGCAAUACUUGUAGCUGCAUGGAGCGUAGGAAGGUCCUACUGUUAUAGAAAAUGAGUAGCAUUCUCCUGAAGCACUGUAACUGAAUUCAGUAAAUUACCAAACCUUUAUUUGAUGUGACAGUGUCAGGUACUCGCCUUGUGUAUGUGAAGCUUUGUUUUAGAGACAGCACUAAGGAAGGUGAUUCAGGCAGCCCUGAGACUGUUGGACACUUUUUCCUACUGUUUUUUUUUUAAGCUAAGAAACAAAACCGUAUUUUCUUCAACAGUGAUGUAAGUGUGAAUGCACAUUCUCUCAACUGCGUGUGGAUUUGUAUGACAACAUGCAGCUCAAAUGCACACAAGGGACUUCGUGGUCCCCUGCUCAGGAAUUAACAUAUGAAAUUCAAGCAUUCAUGUAUCUACUUGCUUAGAGGAGAAAUCCUUUGUAUUAAGUGUAGAUCUAUGAAAUGCUGCAUAUGAAAUCCAACUGUAGUUUAAGUGAAGUUUGACAAAUUCGGAAGUUGAAAAGUACAUCUAGAGGUAAAUACAGCAGAACACACAAUACUUUUGUGUUCAUAUUUGACUUGGAGGACAAAAGUGCUGUUAUUUCACUAAAAUGUUUAAACUCUUUAAUUUUGCCUUUGAACAUGAGCUUGUUAUUAUAGCUACAGAUAUUUUCUUUAAUGAAUGUGUGUUCUAUUCUCUGAAUGUAUACUUCUGUGCAUUUUAAAGCAGUUUAAUACUGUUUUCUAGGGUGGUUAUCUAAAGCUUGCAAACAAACCGUGCUUAAAUUUCACAUAUGGUGUUCUCCUGUGGCUCUGUUCCUUAUUUAUGCACAUUAGUAACUGUUGGCAGCAAAAAUGUGUACUGGGAGUAUAGGGCUAUUCACUGCUGUUCUGCUGUGUGAGAACCUGUGUGGAUGUGGCAGAGCAGAUACAAAUAACGUUUUUUUCAAUUUCACUUAAAGCAUUAUCCUUCCACAAUUCUAAAGAUGAAAACGUACUUCAGUUUUCAUUUUGAAGUUUUAAGUGAAGUUUUAAGCAGAUGAGAUCUUGUGCAUAGACUUAUCGUAGUUGUGGAUUUGGAGCUUUCCAUAUACUUUUUUUCUCCAAGUAAAACAUUUCAAUGCUUUUUUUUUUUUGGCAUCUAAUUCAUAUGUUCUUUAGUUUUUAGUUUCUUAUUGAAUACUCAUACUUUUGACUGUGCAUGACUAGAUGUAAUUCAGUAUUACAAUUGCAAACACUGAAUGCUAACUUACACAAAACUUUUGCUCCAGAAAAACAGUUUCUUCAUCUAGUACGUACUGGAGUAUGUGCAGCAAUUCAGCUGGUGGGCAAGUAGUUACGUUUUUUGAAUGAAGCGGGCAGCGUAUGGUACCAGCAAAACGGGAUUGGCAUGAGAGAUCUGAGAUUUAGGUUUUGGUGUUAGGGACUGCAGGAGGGCUUUAUGUGUGUGCAGCAUCUCAGAGGGGAUGCUGAAAUUCUUGUAACUUGGAUCCUAUAAUUUAAAAUAUACCCACCUUACUGGGCUGGAACUAUGGAGACAAAAAUGUAUGCCAGAAAAAAAGUGAACAAUGAUGGUCAGUUAUGAGUUAACCUUGGGAAGGGUUGAGCCUGCCUACAAGGCAAUUGGAUGAAGAGAAGAGCAUUCUUAAACAGCGUUCCUGAACCCCUUUGGCUUUAAGUGAGCUGUUCCAUUUGCUCUGAAAUUACCUUGUGAUUACUUACAUGCUUCAUUGUUUUGAUUUUUAGGUAUAAAGCAUGUGUUACUAGACUACCUCUUAAUACAGAUAUUACUUAACAGUGUGGCUAGAGGAACAAAGGGCCUAAACCAAACUACGUUAGGGCUGGUAUCAAGUGAUAACAAUUCUUAUGAAGAUGAUCUAGAAAACUUGUGAUGUACAGCAAGCCACCUAGUACAAGGAAAACAAAAAUAGCUUGUUCUGUUCUUUUCUCAAGUCCAGCCAGAGGUGAAAUCUACGUUGUCCUUGGAGAGAGUCAUUGUAGCACUCUAUCAUGUAAGUGUUACUCAUAAAUAUGCUCUUAUACAGGUUGUUGUAAUUGCAGCUGCAAGUCAGUAGUGAUUGUUUUAGGGAAUCCAUUUCACAAUAAGGAGAGUACUACUUCUAAUUUCAGGUUAGUUUUGCUCAGUUUAACACGCAACAUUAUAAUCAUCCUAGUGCGGAAAAGGAUAACAUUAAACCAGUUAGUUCAUUGUUUUGUUUAAAAUGCAAAUCAUAGAUUUGACCAUACGCUCCCUGGAAUUUGUUGCAGGCUGAUGACAACAACAUGUCCUAACAUCUGGUAAAGAAAAUAAUUAUUCUAUCUGUUUGAAUUAGAUCACAGACAUUUACAUUUCUAAGUGCAAACACAGCUAAUAGGUAUUAAUAAACAUUAUAUUUUGUGACUUGGAGAAUCAACAAUGUUUAAAUCUGUGAACUUAAUGCCUUAAUGUGCUUGUGCAAGCACUCUGAUGUGAAGACUUGAGAGCACGUUUAGAUGCAAGUCCUCCAGUAUCCAUUGUGUUUGGAGUGUGUUUUUCUUUAAAUACUGUGGCUGUCUAAAGAAGCAGUAGUCAAAAACAUUCAACCAAAUGAUGUUUCUCAAAAUCUGAUGUCUCAGGUGGGUGUUUUGCCAUGUAGGUAACACAUCUGAGAUUAAGCGUGGAUGUAAAUACUAACAGGAAUAUUCUUUUCUUCCCUGAUAUUUAAACCUUGAGUUGAAGUACAGUUUUGCCACUGUUUUUUUUUUUUUUCAAAACUCUUAUUCCAUGUCCCUAAAUGAUUAUGGUUAUUAGUAUACAAGUGUUCAGGCCUUCAUAAUGUAUUUGAUUUUUUUUGUAACUUGUUUGCAAAUUGGGGAAAAAUCACUGUUUUUGUAAAUAAAAAUAUUUAUGUCACACUUAAA